AUGGGGCGAACAUUACCUGUUCCUGUAUCUUGUUUAGUGUGUGGAGAUAAAUCUUAUGGAAAACAUUAUGGUGUAUUUUGCUGCGAUGGGUGCAGUUGCUUCUUUAAACGCAGUAUAAGAAGAGGCAUUGUUUAUAGCUGUAUUGCUGGUACGGGAAAUUGUGUCGUUGACAAAGCACGACGAAACUGGUGUCCAUUUUGUCGCCUCCAAAAAUGUUUCCGUGUCAGUAUGAACAGAAAUGCGGUGCAAGAAGAGAGAGGACCACGCAGCAACAAGAAAACAUCGAAGGAUAGCUCAGUAGUAAGACGUCAUUCUGAACCAGAUUCUACACAAAUAGUAAACAAGACAUCAAGCAUUUCGAACGGAUGUGAUGCUCCAAUGAGUGCAUUUCGACCAGUUUUACCAGGUCCUAGGUUUUUAGAAAUGACUCACACUCCUCUUCAAACUAGAUUCAUGAUUGGUUCUGAAGUAUUCCCAGAAGCCAGUGUAGUUUUCAGGCAGAUAGCCGCUCAUAUACUUCUGGUAAGCUUCCGAAGAGCUCGAAGUAAUGAAAUGUUUUCUUCUUUACCUCCUGUGGAUCAGUCAGUGAUUUUACAAGAUGUUUGGGGUGAAUUAUUUCUCUUACAAGCAGCAUAUUGGCCAGUAGAUAUAUUAACUGUAGCAAAGCACGUAGAGAACUAUGGAAAGAUGCUACCAAGGAGAAUGGUGUCAGCAAUAAUAGAAUGUCGACAGUUGCAGUUGGAUCUUUUGGAAAGAUCUUUACUGGAAACAAUUAUUUUAGCUAGAAAAGGUAUGUAA